UCAAGGCUCCAAAACAAAACUGGAACGAAGUUGAAAUCAAAUCAAUCUCGGAAAUAUUGAUGGCCAUGAAGGUAGAAAACUGCAAAAUCAUUGUUUCUAUUGAAGCAAUAGAUACAGAUUGGGGCUGGUUCUAUUUUGGUCAUGAUAGGUGCAACAAACGUGCCACACAAAUUGGUUGGAAUGAUCAGAAGGAUAAACCUCUAUGGCGUUGCGAACGUUGCCGUUCUAAUGUGACCAAUGUGUCUCCAAAAUACAAACUGCAUAUUGUCGUGCAAGAUGACUCUGGUACAUGCAAGUUGUUGUUGCUGGAUACUGAAGCUCAAGCAAUAGUCGGAACCAACGCUGUUGACCUAUGGGAUGGGUCAUAUGAUGAGAUUGAAGAUCCGGAGGUGCUACCAGAACCAAUCCGAGAAUUAGUUGGGAAAUCAUUCUGUUUUGGAAUUUCAUUGGCAAAUGAUAAUGUGGCUAACGGUUCUGAUAUAUUUGUGGUCUCUCAAAUCUGGUCUGGAGAUACACUUCUCAAUGCAGUUUCACAUUCUGAAUCAUUGUCUGCUAUCAGCCCAGGCUCCUCCAUGAUCUCCGCUGCCGAGGUUUCGAAGUCAGAUCCGAACAGUACCUCAACUUCUGAAGGUUGUUCAACCCCUUUCUCCAAACGCAAAGAUGAUAAUCUGCCUGACAUGACUUCAUCGUCAAAGAAACUGUGCACCAAGUUAAUCAAGGUGGAGAAAUCGAAGACAGAAUAGUCAUGGGCAAUUUGAAGUGAUGAAGUUUGGUGGUUAUGUUUGCAGUGUUGUUUCUUCAUUUGGAUUUUCUUUUCAGUUAUUUGGAUUUAUUUGCUUCUAUUUUUAUAUUUCGG